AACGUUGAGCGUUGUGUGACGUCUCUGGCUAAAAUCAGUUAUUACGUAGCCGCCGCGUGUGUGGCAACAGCAGACAGAUAGGCAGACACAACAAGCGCAGUCUAGCGGUCUGUCAACAAGAUUUUACAGACCAACAAACAACUGCAACACUUGUCGCUUAAAAUAAACAACGAGUGCGACAACAGCGACAACUGUAACCUGUGUUUUGUGAGUGAGCGACGCGAAGCGAACGAAGCGAAGCGAAGGUUGCGUGUUUGUUUUGUGAAGAAUGUGCGACUAAGUGCAUAAAAUCCACGAACAGCCAAGAUAAGAGAAACACACAAAACGAGAAAGGAGAAACGGUAACGGGAAACCGAAAAGAAAAGCGUACGGAACAGAAGAAACGUUAAAGCAAACGUCAAAUUCCAGCGGGAUUUAUUAGCGAGCGAGUGGAGCGAAGUCACGGAGGUGGGGGACGAGGUGAAGGCGGGAGGCAGCAGCCAUGACAAGCAUCAAUUGCGUGUGGUUUUGUUUGCUGCUCUGCCACAGCUGCAACAUAUUUGGAUUACUACGUCUCGAGCAACAACAACAACACCAACUCGUAGAGGCUUUGCCCUUUGAGUACUUUGAGGAGCACGAUGAUGACUUUAACUACGACCUGGACGAGGCGCAAUCACAAGCCAAAUACGAUGCACGUCUGCUGUCCGAGCAAAUGCUGAGCGACGCUGAGCUCCAGCAAAGAGCAGACAUCAACUAUAACUCCAACUUGAACGCCAACUCCAACUCGAAAGUUAACGUUGACGCCAACACUAACUUGAAUGGCAACUCUGGCCUGCAGCCUGCAGAGAAUAGAGGCGAGCAGACGGCAGCUGGUUUCGUUGACUCGUCCGCAGCUGAGGAUGACUUGGAGCCGCAUAGUCGAGCUGCGGCUUGCUUUACAAAUGGCCACAAGUACACACACGGACAGAAGGUUCCGCGUUUGGAUGCCUGUGAGGUUUGCCUAUGCAUGGAUGGUGAAAUCUUUUGCUGGUGGGAGAAAUGCGAUAAGACGAAUGUAAAUAGCGCCCCAACGGGAGAUGCUGGUGGAGGAGGCGAAGGAGACUAUUCAGAUCCAUAUCGGCAUGAGACCACAACGCGAAAAUCAACAAAACUGCAUAAAGCGGAGCGGAAAGUUGGCAAGCGGCACAAGCAUCACAAGAAUCAAAAGAAUUUUAAUGACUAUGAAGUUUACCAUAGUCGACAGCAGCAGCAGCAACAGCAACAGCAGCAGCAGCAGGCGAAGGAUUAUAAAAAGCCAGACAUAAAGCAACAAAAACAAAAGAGCAGCACCAUCAACAGCAGCAGCAGCAGUAACUACAAUAUAAUCAAGCAACAUCAACACGAACAGCAGCCAAAGUUGGCAACGUCAACGUCCCAACAACAGCAGCAACAAAAACAGCAGCAGCCAAAGUUGCAGCCACAACUUCAUGUGGCAACUGCAGCAGCUGUUAAUCAGGCAGCAAAGGAAACGCAUUAUCAGCACCAAUUGCCAGCGCCUCAACAACACGAGCAACACGAGCAGCAGCAGCAGCAGCAGCAGCAGACACACCAGCAACAUGAGCAUGAACAACAGCAACAUUUGCACGCCCAUCAGCCGCAUUCGUCCAGCAAGAUUUUAAAUUUCCCCGAAAACUUGCCGGCACUGCUUUACUAUGACUAUAAGACCGAGGAGCAUGAGCAUCAUCAGCAUCAGCAUCAUCAGCAGCACUUGCUGCAUGAAAAGCAGCGACAGCAGCAGCAACAGCAACAGCAACAGCAACUGAAACGGCAACAACAGCAGCAACUGCAAAAGGCGAACCGAGACGUUGAACUCGCCACUGACUUGGGCAGUGAUAAAAACUUUGAUGAGGCGGAAACCGACAGCGAUAUUUUGCCCGAACCACCAACCAAACGACCCACAAAGCCAACAGCAACAACAACAACUGCGUUGACAACUGGCAGCAGCAACAUCGACAACAAUGGCAAUAGCAAAAGCCACAGCAACAGCAACAGCAGCAAUGACAGCAGCAAUAGCAAUAGCAGGGCGACAACAAUAGCUGUGGCAACAACAAUUGAAAUGAUGACAACGCCGCGUAGCGAACAUGCUGUCACUGUUCUGGCCAUGGCCAAUACAAAUACAAAUACAAAUCAGCAACAGCAGCAGCAUCGUGUUGAGGAAAUUGAGGACACUGACGAUGCAUUUCAUCGGUGGCUGACAUCGACGGAACUGAAUGUUGACAGUACAAACACGCUUGACGAUAACUUGCCAGCAGUUGUUGUUGAGCAGGAAACGCCAGCAUCAACAAUAAUCGAUGAUGUUGGCGUUAACAGCAGCAGCAGCAGCAACAACAACGGAGGGAGCAAUAGAAUUGCUGUCAAUCCGAAAGACAAUGGCAACAGGCACGGCAACAACAUAGCUGACAAUGCGGAUGCUGUGUUCUUUCGUAGCUCCUACAAUGAUUACAGCAGUGAAUUCAAUGGCAGCGUUGUCAAUAUUGACAUUACACUAACUGCAGUCGAUGUGCAUCCACAACGACCACAUCAGCAGCAACAGCAGCCGAAAGCUGCUGCCAUCGGGCAAACGGAUUUAAUUGCAAAUGACAACCAAACGUCAGACGUUCACGCUGCUGAAAGACAACCAACAAUGGAGCCAGCAACAGCAACAGCAGCAGCAACAGCAACUACAACACUGUUGCCGCAUGUGGCCAUCAGCAGCAGCAGCAGCUCUGGCAGCAGCAAUCAGCACAACGUGCCGCCCUACACGUUGACAACGAUUAUAACAACAACGCCAUUGGCAACGGGGCGUAUGUGCAAUGUGUUGGGCAAAUUGUAUAAAAUUGGAGAAAUUCUACCGCAGGACACCGGCAACUGUUUGCAAUGCAUUUGCACCGAUGCCGUGACACCUGAUGAGCUGCCCAGCGUCACCUGCAGUCCGCACAAUUGUCCGCCGCUCGUUCUGCCCGAUCUGUUUGAUGCCACCGGUUACUGAGGCUACGGGUUUGUGCUGUAAGUUGCAUCCAUUGGCGCAAGAAAUAAUUCGAAAAGCGAAAUAAAAAUUACACACAAAAGAAAAACAGAAAAUGCAUAACGAAAAUUAAAUGGAAAAUAUGUAUGUAGAGUAUAUAUAUUUAAUUGAAUUUUAAUUGGACUUGAAUAAUUGUGGGCAUACAUUAAACUGUUCAACUGCAGCAAACACAACUCGCAUGGAACUAAUUAAACAAAAAUACACAAGAACACACACACACAAACACAGAGACGAAGAACUCAAACGCUCAACUAACUCAGCAGUCGCUACAUAAAUUUAUGGAUUUCAAUGUAAAGCCCUCCCUGUAUCAUGAGUGCUAUUUCACACUCACUAAAACAAAUACUUACAAACCUAUCAACAGUAGAUACUCACACACACACACACACACACACAUAAGCACACAUGGUCAGACAUACACAGAUGGAUUUGUGUGCGUGUGUGCAGAAGUGGAACAGAGAGCAAAUUGCUGAGAGCAAAUUCUAGUUUUUAAGCUGAAUGUUUAUGCAUUUUACAACAAAAGAAAAGGAAACACACAAAAAAAAAAUAA